AUGAGAAUGCUUAUGCAGGCAAAGAAGAAGGUGAUCAAGCUAUGUCUGGUUAUCGAACUGCUGCACGUUUAUUUCCUGGGUGUCACUUACCUACUUUAUAUAUUGGAAUGGAGUACAUGCGUACUCACAGCUUCAAACUCGAUGAUCAGUUUUUUUAUGCAAGCAAAGGCAAUAUGUCCUUCGGAUCCACUUGUGUAUAAUGAGCUUGGAGUUGUUGCUUAUCAUAUGAAAGAGUAUAAAAAGGUCGAAUGGUGUUUUAAAAAGACUUUGGCUCACAUACCAUCACCAUUAAGUGAAAUGUGUGAAUCAGCUGUGGUUAAUCUUGCUCAUACUUUAAGAAAACUCAAGUGUUGUAGAGGUGACAAAUUAUUGAUUUACCCUUUUCACGUUUGGAUAUGGACCCCUGGAUGUUGGGACAAGACUUUAUGCUGCAGAAGGAUCAUCUUGCUAACAAAUGAAGGAUGAGAUUUCUCUCUUUCGUGACAUGAUUUUUUUGCUUCUCAGGGUUAUCUUUGAAAAAAAAUAUAAUUAUUAUAGCAUUUAUUAUUCUCUUGGUGUAAAUUUUAUUUGUCUUUUAGAUAGAUUCUGAAAUGAUAAUUGAAAAUCCGGGCAAG